GGGGGCAGGCCAAACGUACCACGGCAGGGUCGGCCACUCCGUCCAGCCAGUCACCAGUGGCUCAGCGAGUGAGCCAGCAGCAGGUAGCUGGCGACCGGGGGGCCUUUUUGGCGGACGUGGACGCGACGGCCACGCCACGCGCUGCCGGUGCUGGCCGACGCCGUCGCGGGGGGCUCGCUCGCUCGCGCGGCGGCGGCGCGGCAUAAAAAAAUACCGCAAGUGCCAGCGGCAAGGUGGCCCCCUUGCGCCUGCUUGCUGGCUGGCUGGCUCCCCGAUUCCUGGUGCAGGUGCAGCGCACGGCCGGGGGUGCGCUCGCCGGCGCCGCGGCUAUAAGUAGCGCGCGCGCGCGCCGCGGCAGAGCACACUCGGCAGCCACGCGCACGCACACACAGCUCGAGCUCGCGGCGAGUCGAGCACGCCCCGCGCAUCCGACGAGGCGGCUGCUGGUGGAUUUGGUCUGCGGACGCGAUGGCCGGCGGCGGCGGCAGCGGCGGGAGGGUGAGCCUGUACGCGGUGCUGGGCGUGGCCAGCGACUGCUCCGAAGCCGAGCUGCGCAGCGCCUACCGCAAGCUCGCCAUGAGAUGGCACCCCGACAAGUGCGCCGGCGCGGGGAGCUCCGGCGGCGGCGGCGCCGACGCGGCCAAGGCGAGGUUCCAGAAGAUCCAGGGAGCCUACGCCGUUCUGUCGGACCCCAACAAGCGGAUCCUGUAUGACGUCGGGGCCUACGACAGCGACGGCGACGAUGACGGCGCCGGGGAGAUCCUCGGAGACAUUCUCGACGCCAUGAGCCAGGCAGGCCCUGCCGAGCAGGGCAAGGGGGAGAGCCUGGAGGACCUGCAGCGGCAGUUCGAGGAGCUGUUCCUGCGGCCGUCGCCGUCGUCCUUCUGCCCGCCGGACGACGCCGCCGGGAAGUCGGCGGCCAAGAGGAGGACCGCGCGGAAGUAGGGCCGGCGAGUGCCGGCCCGCGCGUGAUUGAAGAAGACGCACGCUGCGAUUUGGGAUGAUCUACUAUGUAAUGAGCCAGCAGUGACAGCGACCUGCGAGUACCGGAGGAGGCUGCCAGUUCUGUUUCUGUCUGUGUGACCCAAUAACCCCCAGCGGCGGCCUCCUGCACAUUCUGAUGCUUGGCGUGCUCUCAACUUUGUUGCUACAGAUUGGUGCCGUUAUUAGAAUUAGAUGGCCACGCACACACCCACACCCACACCCGUCUCUGUACGCGCGCACCAUGCCUUGUCGAAUUAACAAGACGCCGUUGGGAAUUUCCCCCAAGUGCUUGCUUCAUGCUAUUUGAAUGCGCUAAGUUUUCUU